AUGCUUGGUUUGGCGAGUAGAGACUAUCACAAGUUCAUUAUCUCUAUCCUUCCGGCUACUGCUCUUCUUCUUGUUUACAUAACGUUGAUUCCCAGAAGGAAAUCAUCUACCAACACCUUCCCACUUAUUGUGGAUGAAAAUUCUGUUUCAUCUCUCUCAUCGCGAGUUGUUGUCAUUCUGCUCAUUGGGGUAGGGUUAGAAACCUGUUUAUUCGGCUUCAGCUUGAGUAACUUAGUGGUUGCAAUAGCACCGGGCGUUGGAAAGGCUCUAUCCUGGGUAUUUUUAAUCCGUACAACUCAGCAAACCUCGGUGGCUGUUGCCACUGCCAUACAAACAGUAGGCAUCACCGCCACGAUUGACUUAUCUGUGCUCUCUACACAUAUGCAAGCAAUUUUAUGCAUUUCAAGUACAGUCUUUGCUCUCGGUCAGCUCGUCCAUAUGCUGCCCAAGCAGAUGAAAUACAAGCAAGUUGUGUGGAUUCUUCCUCUCCUUGUCAUUGUUCCGUAUAUGGAGAAUACUGUCGCUAUCAGUUCGCUGAAAUCCGCAGCUCAACUAAGCUUUGAUGGUUCUCCUGAUCACCCAGUCGAGGCUAUUGUAAACAGCGCCAAAGAUGGUUUCGAAAAUAUGAAGCGAGUGCAAUCCCAAAGCUACAUUGCCGCUCAUAACGAAUAUACUCGUCGAUAUGGGGUGGAGCCUCCGCCUGGUUUUCAAGCAUGGUACGAGUUUGCUGUCUCAAAUAAUUCUCCUAUCAUUGACGAAUUCGACACGAUGACGAAAGGCAUUUUACCUUUCUUAAGAUUGAGUGGCAAAGAGGUCAUGGAGAUGAUGAACUCUUUGCAAAAUGACACGCGCAGCGAAAUAUGGGACUGCACGUUUGGGACGCGAGAAGCACAAACUCGGUGUUCUCAUUCUCAUCGCUACUGGGACAGACACAUUCAAUGGAUGUUCAACACGCUGCUUGGAAACUUGCAGAUUGAAGUUCCAAACAUUAGGUUCUUUGUAAAUCACUUGGAUGAGCCAAGAGUCGUUGUUCCACCACGAUUGACAGAGAAGGGGCAUUAUCAAGACCGAUGGCUCAGUUUAAGAAACUUUUCUCAUCAGUCCGUUUACGACGCUAUAAUUAAACCAUGCGCAACAGACAAGAAUGGAUACCAGAGCGAGAAAAACGAUGCGUUAACAUUUGGUUUACCGUUUAUCACCAAUUUUAGCUCGGCGAUGGAUUUGUGCCAACACCCCGAAUACGAACAUCAACACGGUCUUAUCAUGAGCCCGGUAUCUUUUAAGCUGAUUGAAGGGCCAGUACCUGUUCUAUCAACAGGUACUCUCUCAACUAUGGCCGAUAUACUAUAUCCUAGCCCUGCUUACUUGGAGCCCGAAUUCCAAUACGAAGAAAGCUCCGAUAUCCCUUGGGAUGAGAAAGUCAACAAACUCUACUGGGCUGGUUCGACAACAGGAGGUUUUGCCACGGACGGUAACUGGCGAAGCUACCACAGACAACGAUUUAUUUCACUGUGUCAGAAUUUAGGCAACAGACAACAUUCUUAUCUACAAAAAAGCGAUGGAUACAUUAAACGAAUAAAAUCAUCCAUUUUGGAUCGGAGGCUAUUCGACGUCUUUUUUACUCGAAUCUUUCAGUGCACUUGGAAACAGUGCAAAAAUCAGCGCAACUUUUUCAGCCUUAAAUCAUGGGCCCAUAAAGAUGAAGCAUUACGGUCAAAGCUCGUGUUUGAUAUCGAUGGAAACGGCAUCAGUGGGCGAUAUUAUAAGCUCUUGGCGUCUAAGUCAACCCCACUAAAGCAGACUCUUCUCAAAGAGUGGCAUGACGACCGCCUUAUUCCAUGGGUUCAUUAUGUACCUGUGAGCCAAAGCAUGGAUGAACUUCCUGAGCUGAUACUUUAUCUUACGUCAACUCAGCGAGGACAACAAAGAGCUAAAGAAAUUGCAGAGCAAGGCCAUGAGUGGUUCCGCAAGGCUUUCAGGACUGUAGAUUUUAGUAUUUAUACAUAUCGUAUGCUACUAGAGCUAGCAAGGCUGCAAGACCCCGCAAGGGAAGCUGUUAUGAGAUAAUAUUGGUCUGACGCAUUAGUCAACAGGCAUUCAAAGUCAGCAUUUCUCGAUUAGAAAAGUACUCAUACUCGAAUAGUGCUAAUUCAGGCUGGGAGCAAUGAAGUCGGCG